UGUCACGUCUAUAAUAAAAACUGUAUAAAAUUCAUUCUCCCUAGUUUAUAUAUAUACACUCACUAUACUUGAGAUAGGGUGUAAGAGAGACAUUCAAGAAUGGGUUGUGCUGGGAAACUAAGUCUUCUGCAAUCAUCUGCAAAUAAUGUUUCCAUUCUGGUUAUGGUGAUGAUGAUGAUGAUGAUUUCAUGCAGUUCGGAGAAGGGGAUUGCUUCUGAAGCUCAUCACUACCAAACUCUCCCACUCAGUUCCAUGCUUCCACCUUUUGUCUGCAAUUCCACCACUUCCAAAGGUCCAAGUAGAAAGGCAUCCAUGAGGGUUGUUCACAGGUUUGGCCCCUGCUCAGCCCGGACCCAAGACUCGCCAACCAUGACUGAGCUUCUGCGGUACGACGAGUCUCGAGUCAACUCAAUAAACGCCCGAGUUAAAUCUCUCAUCAGCUUGGCCAAUAACACUAAAGGCGACCCGGAGAAAACAGAGAUGAGUGAGUCAAAAGCCGUGAAUCUCCCGGCGGGCCACGAAAGCCCAGGCGGCGUGGGAAACUACGUGGUCACCGUGGGACUAGGGACGCCCAAGAAGGACCUCGACCUAGCCUUCGACACCGGCAGCCACAUCACGUGGACCCAAUGCAAGCCGUGCGCGGCAAAAUGCUAUCAGCAGCGCGCCCCGAUAUUCGACCCGGCAGCCUCGACGACCUAUUCCAACGUCACGUGCAGCUCGGCCGCCUGUUCCGGGCUGACGUCAGCCACUAACUACCCGCCGCGCUGCACGCCGCCCAACACGUGCGUGUACAUCGCGACCUACGGCGACCGAACAUUCUCGGUCGGCGAGCUCGCGAAGGACACGCUAACCUUAUCGUCCACGGAAGCCGUGGACGGGUUCAUAUUCGGGUGCGGCCAAAACAACCAACUUUUCUACGGCGAGAACGCGGGAUUGAUGGGUUUAGGGAGAGAUCCCCUGUCUAUAGUCUCCCAAACGUCUCAACAAUAUGGGAACUAUUUCUCCUAUUGCCUCCCGACAAAAACAAACACCGACGGUCAUUUAACGUUAGGGAAUAGUGUUGGGACUAAAAAUGUCAAAUUCACGCCAUUAUUGAGUUCACAGGGGACUGGGGAGACUGGUCUUUACUUUAUUGAUGUUUUGGCUAUAAGUGUUGCGGGGCGGGACCUGAAAAUUAAUCCGGCGGUGUUCAAGAGCGGCAAGACUAUUAUAGACUCCGGGACGGUCACCACUCGCCUCCCGCCGACGGCCUAUACUGCUCUGCGGGACGCGUUCAGGGAGGAGAUGACGAUGUUUCCGAAAGUAGAGACCAAUACGAGCUUCGACACUUGCUAUGAUUUCAGCAAAUAUCGUAACCCGACCAUACCGAAGAUAAGUUUCACGUUUGGUGGGAAUGCGGUGGUGGAUUUGGACCCCGCGGGGGUGAUGACGCCGCUAGAUGAAAGCGGGUCGUUGGUUUGUCUGGCUUUUUUUGGGAAUAAGGAUGAUGGGGAGCUGGGAAUCUUCGGGAACUUGCAGCAGCAGACAUUGGAGGUGGUGUACGAUGUUGCCGGAGGGAAACUGGGGUUUGCCUCCGGUGGCUGUUCUUGAACUUUUCUGCUGAUUGUAAAAAAUAAAUCGAAGAUUGAAAAUUGGGGAAUGAAUUUUAUUUCAUAGUGUUUCUUUAGA